UCCCCCUUCCCGGUGUUGGAGCACACACGAUAAGCCUUUACCUCGCAAAAGGGGCCAUGUCUUCGGCACACUUUCCUCGAAACUGGUCCAGUCGAGUUACGGUCCUGUCAGCGGGUAUCAUUCGGGUAGCCAAAAUGCACUUGCCAUCGUUGCUGUGCGUCGGUCUCGUCCUAGUGUCCACCGUUUCGUCCGAUCGUACCGAGCUGCUGCCAGCCAAUCAUUCCACCCAAUCGCUUUCCCGGCAAGAGCGAAAGGUGCUUCUGUUUCCCAUCCUAACAACACUGCAGGUCAGCAUCUGUACUGCCACCGAUGGGCGGCUGUAUGCGCCGAAGGCAAAGUAUCCCGCCCGCAAGCUCGGCAUCAACCUGGGCUUUCAGCAAAACUUUAACCUCCCGUUCCGGUUGCUCGAGUUCUAUAAACCGCCCACCUGGGCGCGGGCGAUCGCCGGCAUCAUACGGGGCCAGUUCCCGUCCACCUCGGUCGUGACCGCGCGCAGCUGGAAGCGCUCCACCGACCACCAGUCGCUGAUGCUCAGCGCCGGCCAGCUGUACCGGCACGUGGAAGACUUGCUGCACGUGUUCGGGUACGGGCGGGACUGUCUGCUGAAAAGUGUGUGCGAGCUGGCGCACAGCCCGUUCGAUCGUACCGACUCGCCGGAGCAGGACGUGAUGACCGAGGUCGUCCAUUUGCUGUUGAGCCCGUCCGUUCACGAAUCGUUCGGCGAGGACGAGCUGGAGCAGAAGCGUGCGUACGAGAUGGCGGAACGGCUUGGUGCGAGCGGAGCCAACUGUGAUCUGAUCUACGACCGGUGCCACCGGUCCGUGUUGAGUGACUUUUCCAAUCUAGUGGGCGAUGAUCGUAGCUGAUUUUGUGGUUGGUGUGUGUUUUCUUAAC